AUUAUUUGCCCUACUGUACGUAACGUUUUCGUCACUCGAUUUAAGUAUUAUGUUCAAUUCACAUAAACAUUUAAAAAGAAAAACACCUUGUCCUGGUAUUAAUCGUGAGGAAUUUAUACAGCAUUUGGUCGAUGAGUACUACACGACAAAUAACAUAGAAGCUCAGGAACAAGUGACGGCGAAUCUUGCUAACUUUGCCUACGAUCCUCUUAACUGGUCAUUUCUAAUAAAGGCUGAUGCUGUAAAACUGUUUUUGGAAAUACUAGAAGAGCGCAAUGAAAAGUUACAAUUGCAUGGAAUUGCGGGGCUAACCAAUAUAUGUUUGGAUGACAAUAUUUACAAAUAUUUUAAUAACCCCGAGGUAAUUCAGCAAAUUCAUCGAUUGUUUUUGGCAUCAAACAACCAGGAAAUACUCAUAAAUUGUUGUACAAUUUACCAGUUCUUAGCAAAAGAUAAUAAAAGCAACAUUCUACCAGCGAAAAUACUAUUAAGAGUUCAAAAUAUUAACACCGAUUCAAAAGGCAAAAAUAUUAGACUUUCUAACAUAACCUCCUUGCUUUUGCUAGAUUUUGGAAGGCGUUAUGAAUUCACUGAAAGUCAACAUAAUAGGUAUUCCAUGUUUAGAUGCCUAAGCUCACUAUCUAAUAUAAGACAAAUAAAAUAUGUCAAAGUAUUUUCUCAACAAGAUCUUGACCAAUUUUCGCAGCUAACAGGAGAUUCCAAUAGUAUACACACUGAUACAACUCCAGUGGAACGGCGUUUGGUACAUGGGGCAUUUCUUAAUGCCAUCGUAGCAGGCCUUAUAGGAACACAUUUCCCCAAAGGAACUAUUGUCUUGGAACAAAAGUUCAAAUUUCCCAAACCCUGCCGUGUCAAUGAAAAUAGUGAAUUUGAAUUACAGUUGCAGCAAGAGCGAAAAAUUGCAGUCGUUUCUUAUAAAUGUAAGCAGAAUGAAAUAACUGUAUUUGAAGGCGAAGCUAAGCUGCUAAUUCCAAGUAUAAACAAAUAAAAAAUCUUGUAAUAGUA